CCGUCACCGUCUGCCAGACACCAUUCGGAGCGCUGCGCGUUCAACCUCUACUUUGCCCAGGUGCUUGCGACCCCUAGAACAGUCGGAAGCGCGGAAGACUCGACUCCGAUUCCCAAUCGCACUGGAUACAUAAACACACAAUGAAGUUUACAUCAACGGCGCUCCUCGCGCUCGGUUUCCUGUCCGCUACUACAGGCGCCAUUGAGCUGAAUGUGGACGAUCCAGCUUCCAUCAAGAAGGGUGCAAAGAUCGUUGCUGCCGGUUUGAGGAAAUGGUACACUGGUGAUAAGCUGGGUGAUACGCCUGGCAACUUGCCCGAUCCAUACUACUGGUGGGAGGCUGGAGCCAUGUUCAAUGCCUUCGUCGACUACUGGUACUACACGGGCGACGACACAUACAAUGCCAUCACGAAGCAGGCCAUGAUCCACCAGAUCGGUGACUUCUCUGCCUUCAUGCCUCCCAAUCAGACCAAGACCCUCGGAAACGACGACCAGGCUUUCUGGGGCAUGGCUGCCAUGUCUGCCGCCGAGAACAAAUUUCCCGACCCCGAAGGCAACACUCCUUCAUGGCUCACACUGGCCCAGGCCGUCUUCAACACCCAGGCGGCAAGGUGGGAUAUGACUGCCUGCGGUGGUGGUUUGAAGUGGCAGAUCUUCACCUUCAACAACGGUUACAACUACAAGAACACCAUCUCCAACGGAUGCUUCUUCAAUAUCGCUGCACGCCUUGCCAAAUACACCGGAAACACCACCUACAGUGACUGGGCCGAGAAGACCUUUGAGUGGGAGAUGAACAUUGGCCUCAUCAGCCCCGACUACCAUUUCUUCGACGGUUCGGACGACAGGCUCAACUGUAGCAAAGUCAGCCACAUCCAAUGGACUUACAACGCUGGCGUGCACAUGGCCGGUGCUGCUGCCCUUUGGAACAUGACCCAGAGUGACAAGUGGAGGAACCAUCUGACCAACAUCAUCAACUCGACCGACAUCUUCUUCUCCAAAGACCAGGCUGAUGUCAUGUUCGAGGUGGCCUGCGAGAGGAACGGCAAGUGCGACGUUGACCAGCGCUCCUUCAAGGCCUAUCUCUGCCGCUGGAUGGGCUGGACCAUGCAGGUCGCCCCCUGGACCCGCGACAUGAUCAUGCCCAAGCUCAAGGUCUCCGCCGCCGCUGCCGCCGCCCAAUGCAACGCCGGAGAGGACCAAACCACCUGUGGUCUCCGCUGGUGGAAGAACGGCCAGAACGACGGUAGCUUCGGUGUCGGUGAGCAGAUGUCUGCCCUGGAAGUCAUGCAGAACCUACUCGUCGACGAGGUUCCUGGACCCGUCAGCAUGAAGACCGGUGGUACUUCCAAGAGCGAUCCCUCCGCCGGUGGAAACAGCAAGAACACCCCCAUCGUCUUCGACGACAUUACCACGGGCGAUAAGGCGGGAGCUGGUAUCCUCACCACCAUCGUCCUUGUUGGUAUUCUCGGCGGUGCCUGGUGGAUGGUGUCGUAAUCUUAAUAUCCUUUUUAUAUUACCCUCUACUGUCUAAGGUACUUUACUCGCAUUCAUGGGAAAUUUUUUAUAUAACUCUUUUCUUUUUUUGGGAGAUGGGCUAGGGGUGCAAAUGUGAGACUUUUUCUCUCCUUA